ACUCCUCCAAGCUUUCUCACACCCACCUCCUCCUAAAACAAAUCUCUUUUCUUUGUUUUAAUAAUGUAAUCUUGCUUACCUCUGUUUGAUUAAUGCCCAUUUCCUCAAAGCUGUUUGUUCCACUGCAUGCUAAUAUUUCAUUUGCUGAUGGGUUUUCCAUAAAUUUCUGGUAGCCUAGCCAGCCUGCUUCAAUUCCAACUCUCACUCAUGUAAUUUGUCAACUCUAACUACCUUUUGUUAUUGUUGGUUGGUUUACUUUUGGCGGCAUUUAGUUGAUGCCAAUCAUGCUUUUUUCUUUCAUCAUGAUUUGUUGAACUUGAUUGUUAGUUAACAUCUCGACAUAUGGACCCUUAGCAAUUAGCAUCCUUGACUUUUUACAGGGAAUUUGAAUUUCAUCUUCAUACCAAUAUAUACCCAAUGAUUGUUUAUAAUUUCUUUUAUUCCCUAUAUUUAAAUGAAAAGGCCUAAUCAGGGGUGAAUUAUCCUAGGAAAAAUGAUAACUUGCUGGUAAUUUUUUGGCAACCUAGUUUAGUUUAUGCUAUUCUACUUACUAUACUGGUCUCUCCAGUCUUCAAUCUUUGUGUGUUUUUUGUCUCGUGUCCUUAGCUGUCUGUCAAACUUUGAAAAAUUUUAAAAAGUUAUUAGAACAAUACUUAGCUACAUGGAAGAAACUUUUGUUCCCUUCCGCGGAAUCAAGAAUGAUCUGAAAGCAAGGCUUUUAUGCUACAAGCAAGACUGGACCAGUGGCCUCCGUGCUGGUAUCAGGAUCCUUGCUCCAACAACAUACAUAUUCUUUGCUUCAGCAAUUCCAGUUAUAUCUUUUGGGGAGCAGCUGGAAAGAAGUACAGAUGGCAGUUUGACUGCAGUACAAACUCUAACAUCAACAGCACUUUGUGGAAUCAUUCACUCAGUUGUUGGAGGACAGCCCCUGCUCAUACUUGGAGUUGCAGAGCCUACUGUAUUGAUGUACACAUUUAUGUUCAACUUUGCUAAGGACCGAAAGGAUUUGGGCCAUAAACUCUUCUUAGCCUGGACAGGAUGGGUUUGUGUGUGGACAGCUCUUUUGCUUUUCUUGUUAGCAAUUCUAGGGGCAUGUUCUAUAAUAAAUCGAUUUACACGAGUUGCUGGUGAAUUAUUUGGUCUACUAAUUGCAAUGCUUUUCAUGCAGCAAGCUAUUCGGGGAAUUGUGGAGGAGUUUGGCAUUCCCCAGAGAGAAAAUCCUCAACAGACAGCAUUGCAGCCUUCUUGGCGAUUUGGCAAUGGAAUGUUCGCACUAGUUCUGUCCUUCGGCCUUCUCCUCACUGCAAUAAGAAGCCGUAAAGCAAGAUCCUGGUGCUAUGGAACAGGCUGGCUUCGAGGUUUAAUAGCAGAUUACGGGGUGCCACUUAUGGUGCUUGUCUGGACUGCUAUUUCUUACAUACCUGUUAAUGAUGUCCCAAGAGAGAUUCCAAGGCGUCUUUAUAGUCCAAAUCCAUGGUCUGCUGGUGCAUAUUCUAAUUGGACUGUUAUCAAGGAAAUGGUGAAUGUGCCCCCUCUUUACAUACUUGGAGCAUUUGUUCCAGCAACCAUGAUUGCUGUGCUGUACUACUUUGACCACAGUGUAGCAUCUCAACUUGCUCAACAAGAGUUCAAUCUGAAAAAGCCACCUUCCUACCACUACGACCUCCUCCUUUUGGGUUUUCUGGUCAUAUUAUGUGGUCUUAUUGGCAUUCCACAAUCUCCAAUGCAUACAAAAAGCUUAGCAACUCUGAAACACCAGCUCUUGCGUAAUAAGCUUGUAUCGACAGCUCGAAAAUGUACAAGUAAAAAUGCAAACCUGAGUCAACUAUAUCGAAGCAUGCAAGAGGCAUACAAUGAAAUCCAAACUCCUCUAGUUUAUCAACUCCCGUCCACUCUGGGACUCAAACAUCUAAAAGAAUCCACAAUCCGACUGGCCUCAAGUACUGGCUGCAUUGAUGCACCUGUGGAUGGCACCAUAUUUGACGUGGAUAAGGAAAUCGAUGAGCUUUUACCUGUUGAAGUCAAAGAACAGCGUCUCAGUAACCUGCUUCAGGCACUGAUGGUUGGUGGGUGUGUCGCAGCUAUGCCUCUUCUUAAGAAGAUCCCCACUGCUGUUCUUUGGGGUUAUUUUGCUUUCAUGGCCUUUGAGAGCUUGCCCGGAAAUCAAUUUUGGGAGAGAAUAUUACUGCUGUUCACUGCUCCAAGUCGAAGAUACAAGCUGCUGGAGGAGUAUCAUGCAACCUUUGUUGAGACAGUUCCCUUCAAAACUAUUGCCACUUUCACCUUGUUCCAGACAAUAUACUUGCUCGUAUGCUUUGGCAUAACAUGGAUCCCUCUAGCUGGAGUCCUUUUUCCACUGUUGAUCAUGCUUCUUGUGCCAGUGAGGCAAUACUUGCUCCCCAUGUUUUUCAAAGCCGUCCAUCUUCAAGACCUUGAUGCUGCAGAAUUUGAGGAAGCAUCGCCCAUUCCGUACAUGGCAUUUGAAGACCUGGAACUUGAGGGAAGGACCACUACUACUGUGGAUGGUGCAGAAAUUCUGGAUCAAAUUAUCACGACAAGUCGUGGAGAAAUCCGCCGUAUACAGAGUCCCAAUACAUCUUCAGUCUUCGAAAAGGAGUAUAGCCCCCAGAUUAGGCAACUGAGCCCCAGCUUAACUGAAAAAGGGCUUGAAUUAAGUCUAACUCCUAGUCCUGCUGCAUCUACACUUGGACAUAGCAGUCGUGAUUCAUCAUCAAGCUAAAAUAUACAUGCAUAAAUACACAACUAAAGAAAAGCAUGCUCUUCAUUUCUGAUUCUGAUCUCUAGAGGUAUUGUACUUAGUUUAUCACGAGACUAGAGUUGCCUUACUCUGGUUCUGUGCAAUGAAUGUUGCUAUCAAGUUAAAAGCAAAGCAAGCAACCAUAAACUAAAUACCUGCGUACAAACAACCAGUCAUAUUUAAUCAUUCUUUUUAACUUCA